UGUUAUUUUAGUUUGUUAAUGUUUUUAUUUAUAUGUGAUUUAUUAUUUAUGAAAUAAUGUAUUCAGAUGAAACGUCUUGUUCGGAUUGCAAGUUAGAAUUAAUUGAAAAGCGAUGGACGCAACUCUUAUUGAAUUGGGUAAACAAAUGUGUCCACCCCAAAACUCCUGUAAAGGAACUGCAUAGUAAAUGUCUGAUGCAAAUAAUCCAUAAGUAUGAACAAGACAUCUGUGCUGAUGACAUCGACAAAGAUAUACUGUGUUGUGGUGAUAUUGAGCAGUUUAUCAAGUAUAAAUACCCGAUUUUGAGGCUUAGACAAUUCUGGGACGCAAAACAGUUGCCGAAGAAGUUAUACAUCCUACACACAGUCCUACUGUUCCAUUGCUGCGUCAGCUCUGUAGAUGGCGCUGUGGACAGUGAUAUAUGCGCCAAUCUAGACAAAGAUGAACAAGAGAUGAUUUUGAAGUUCUGUGAGAGACUGUCUGAUAUGGAAGUCACGGCUAAUAAUAUUGAGUGGGCUGUCAGAGACGCCUACGAAGCUAUAGAAUCAUCAACAAAACCAUACAAAAAGAAGAUUCCAGAACGAAAAUCACCUGACAUGAAAGCAUUUGUAUCUGACUCCACCAACCCUUGCACAACAUCUGAAGACCUUUCAAUGAAUUCCAUGAUCUCCGAACCGUCAGCCGCAGAGAGCAUGCAAAAGAAAUUCGAUGCUUUAAAAUUCAAAUCUUCUAUAACUGUCCUACCCUCAGUUGUUACUGACGCUGACAAGUCAUCGUAUUCAGAACUUGAUUACGUCAUCAAUUAUGGUUCCAAAUCAGAUUUGAGCGAAAAAGAACCUUAUGAUGAUACAUCUAAGGUUGUAAGUAAAGUUAACGUUUUUGGGGGUCCUUUGGCCACUGAACUCCCUGAAGAACGUCGAUGCCAACCAAACUGCUCUUGCAGUAGAUGUGUUCCCUCUGGGCCCUGCUGCGGCGACCCUGGUAGUUCCAUGGCCGCCUGCGAAAGUAGUGACAAAGAAGAAGUCAAAGAAGUGGUCCAGUUCUUGAAGACAGAGAGCAGAAUAUUUAAGCGCUUCCGUAAAAAGCGGUGGCGGUUUAAGUUACCAUUCGAAUUAAACUGGAAGAUUUACCUAAUAAUAGCAGUGAUUGUACUGCUGAUAAUCAUAACUACAGUCCUACUUAUGGUUCCUUGGAAAAAAAUAUCCCGAAAAACUUCAAUUCCUCAUAAGAUCGAAGAUUUCAAGAUAGAGACGGGUCAAGAAGCCAGAGUAUUCCAAAUGAACUCCUAUAUCUGCAAGAACGGUCUCUGCGAAAAAGUCUACGAGCCAACAUCAGAAUAUAUGUACAGCUCAUUAAGUAGAUGCACUUUAAUAUGUAUGGGUCCCCAGCUAUGGCCAUAUCCCAUAGGAUACACCUACUUCAGUAAAAAGAUCGUAGUCUUGGCCACAGACAAACUUGAAUAUAAGUUCCAAUCAGUACCUUCGGAGGCAGUCCAUCUCUAUUUAGCAGAAGCUUUCAAACUUUUCCUCGGAGAAUUAGCAAAAUUGGAAAGGUACUCCAUUGGUACAAGACAAAUGAACUUAUCAAGAGAUAUAAUGAUUAAAAAGAUGUAUAUUCAGAUGGAUGUGGAGUCAGACCCUGAUCCUAGAAUAAGGUUAGACACGGAAGAAUCUUAUACAAUAAAAAUUGAGACUUUGAAUAACCAAGUUUCAAUGAAGCUAUUUGCAGCAUCGUUUUGUGGCAUGAGACAUGCUUUAGAAACUCUUAGCCAGUUGAUAUUAUUAGACCAGACAACUGGGAACCUCAUUACUUUAUCAAACAUGGUUAUAAAAGACGCUCCCAGUUACAAAUAUAGAGGUCUGAUGCUAGACACGGGGAGGAACUACAUCCCAGUACCAGAUAUAAUGAGAACGAUAGAUGCUAUGGCAUCCUGCAAGCUUAAUACUUUUCAUUGGAGAAUAUCUGACGUAGCAAGUUUUCCUCUGUACUUACCAGCCGUUCCACAACUUUUUGAAUACGGAUCUUAUAGCAAACAUCACGUUUAUACUAAAGAAGAUGUGAAAGCAGUAGUGAAAAGGGCUGGGGUAAGAGGUAUAAGGGUCCUUCUAGAAGUCGCAGCUCCUGGCCCAGUAGGAAGAGCCUGGUCUUGGAUACCCGAAGCCACGUGCCCAACGAAGAACAGAAACUUCACUUGCAAUAAUGUUCUUUGUCUUAGACUCGGGAUCCACGAUUCAGUGUUUGAUAUACUCCAAAUUAUUUAUUCAGAAAUUUUGGAGAUGACGAAGAUAUCAGAUGUUUUCCAUUUGAGCGAUAGCGUGUUUUCUUUGGCUAAUUGCUUUUAUUUGAUAGAAGAGAGGGAAGGAUUUUUGGAUAAGGCUUUAGAAAGAUUGAAGCUGGCUAACAAAGGGUUCUUGCCGAAGUUGCCAAUUGUUUGGUAUACUGCGCAUUUGACAAAGGACUACGAAGCUAGGACUUGGGACAGAUAUGGAGUGCAACUAACGGAAUGGCAUCCGAAUCCUUCAGAGCAGUUCCUCAGCCGAUUCAAGGUCAUCCAUUCAACUAGAUGGGACCUUUCCUGUGACAUUAAGAAGCAAAGAUGUGUCAAAUACAGGACAUGGCAAGACAUGUACGCCUGGAAGUCGUGGAGGAACAUCGAAGUCUUCACCAUAGAAGGAGGAGAAGCAAUGCUUUGGACUGAUAUUGUUGACUCGGGUAAUUUGGACUAUCACUUAUGGCCGAGAGCGGCGGCGGUAGCGGAACGUUUGUGGUCUGACAUCGCUCUCAACGGGUCUGUCACAGGACCAGUUUACGUCAGACUGGACAGCCAUAGAUGGCGCAUGGUGUUAAAAUCAGUGCAAGUGCAACCAAUAUGGCCGCUUUAUUGCAGUUUCAGUCCCGGCAUUUGUUUACAGAAAAUAAAGAAAUAAUGUCA